AUGAAGAAAAAAAAUGAAAGGAAGACGAAUGUAGAGCAAGCCAUGAGUGAUUAUUUGUUGAACCUUAGUCAAAUUUAUAACCAGUCCAAUUCAUUUAGUGAUUACGAUAAUAAUAAUAAUGAUAAUAACAAUGAUAACAACAACAACAAUAAUAAUAAUAAUAAUAAUAUGAGAUAUUUAAAAUUUAAUAACUUCCGGAUUGAUAAUAUGAUGAAAAAAAACGGUUGUGAAUUAUUUGUAAAAGAUAAUAAAAAUUAUAUAGAUAAUAAAAAAAUGGAAUUGUCCUAUUAUGAUAAAGUUAUGAAUAAUAUAUUUUCAAAAAAAGAAAGAGAAAUUUAUAGAAAUAUACAAAAUAUUAUUAAAACACAAGAAAGAAAUGAUAUAAAUUUAGAAGUAAAUGAAUAUUUAUAUUCUUAUUUAUUUAUUCUGGCUAUUAAAAAAAUGUUCUAUGAUAUUAUAGCACAGAAAAAAAUGGAAUGUCACAUAAAUAUAAUGCAUAACCAGAAUAUUAAUAAAACCAACUUUCAAAAAAAGGAUAUAUAUAAAACUACAAAUAAUAAUUUAUAUAAAUUAAAAUAUAAUUCAAAUGAAAAAAAUGUGCACCAAAAUGAACAUGCAUAUUACUCAAAAGAUAUUAAAAUAGGAACACAUGAACUUACUCAUAAUAUGGAUAAUAUCAAAAAAAAUAUACAUCAUGAACAAUCUGUAAAUAAUCUUCAUAAUGAUGAUCAUGUUAAGGGUACAAACAUGGAUGAUCAAAAUAAUUUUAAAGAAAAUUUUAAAAAAAAAUUUUAUCAUCAUAAAUUGAAAAACUUAGAUAGUCGCACCACGGGGAGUUUUAAUUCUAUAGACUCAAAAAAUGAAGGCAGCAAGGGUGACGAUAAUAAGUGUGACGAUAAUAAAUGUGACGAUAAUAAGUGUGACGAUAAUAAAUGUGACGAUAAUAAGUGUGACGAUAAUAAGUGUGACGAUAAUAAAUGUGACGAUAAUAAGUGUGACGAUAAUAAGUGUGACGAUAAUAAAUGUGACGAUAAUAAGUGUGACGAUAAUAAAUGUGACGAUAAUAAGUGUGACGAUAAUAAAUGUGACGAUAAUAAGUGUGACGAUAAUAAAUGUGACGAUAAUAAGUGUGACGAUAAUAAAUGUGAUUAUAACCAAUGUAAUACUAACCAACGUAAUACUAACCUACGUAAUACUAACCAACAUAAUGAUGUUCCGAAGGACGAAAUUACAAACAAUGUUUCUCAUAAGGAUGAUACAAAUAAGAUACAUAGUAAUAAAAGUAAGAAUUUUUAUAAAGACUAUAUUAUGGUUUUAUACAAUACCAUGAAGAAGAAUAAAUAUUACUGGCUUGUUCCUUUAAGUGUUAUUUCUUGCAUAUAUAUAUAUUACAAAAUGAGAGUUCGUGUUUGUUUUUUUUUUAAAAAUACUUAUUCAAAUGUAUGUAGAUUUAUGACAAAUAUAUUUUUUAAUAAUAAUGGUUUACAUGGAAAUAAAAAUCUGAUACUUAAGGAUUAUAAUCAUUUUUUUAAUAACAUAAAUCGAAAUAAUGUAAAGACGAUAUUAUUUAAUCCAUCUAGUAAUACAUUCACAUAUAUGUUAGAUAAAAAUGUUCCCAAAACAUCAGGACUUAUGAUAUAUAAUAAUAGAUUAAAUAAUAAUGAAAAUGGUAGUGUUGGAAGCAGCUGGUUAUCAUCACCAUCACCAUCAUCAUCAUCAUCUACACAUAAUAAUAAUAUUUUAUAUAUGAUAUAUUAUAAUGAUUAUAUUAUGAAAUAUCUUUUAAAAAACAAAGUUUAUGAACAUGUAGAUUUUCGAGUAGAUGACAAAUUAUUAAAACUAUCCAUUUAUGAUAUAAUUAGAAGAAAUAUAUUUGAUAUUUUAACAUAUACUUUUUCCAUUUUAACAUUUUAUUAUAUUUAUGAAAAGAAUAUAUUAAAUUGUAAUAAUGUAGAUUAUUCUUUUGAAAAACAGAAGAAAUUACAAUCAUUAAACGACAUUAUAUUAAACGAUAAUAUAAAAAGAGAAAUAAAAAGUAUGUUAUUUUUUGUAUUAUAUUCCAAAAUGUUUAAUGAACCAUUUAGUUGUGAUACCAUAUUAUUUUCUGGGGAUACAGGUACCGGGAAAACCAUGUUAGCAAAAACUAUGGCAAAGGAAUUAAAUUUCGAUUUUUUGCAUGUAUCAGGUUCGACUUUUAUAGAAUUAUAUAUAGGAAGUGGAGCAUCGAAAAUAAGAACCUUAUUUAAGAAAGCAAAAAAAAAUAAUAAACCUAUGGUUAUCUUUAUAGAUGAAAUAGAUAGCAUAGGAAUAAGUCGAUGUAUGAAUAAUGAUAUGUCUUUUUCAAACCAAGAAUAUGCACAAACAUUAAAUCAAUUGCUUAUUGAAUUGGAUUCUUUGCAUGAGUAUAAUAAAAUCCAUAUGUUAUCAGAACAAAAUAAACAAUGGAAUAUUUUCAUGUACAUCAAAAAUAAAUUAAUUAAUAAUAUUUAUGGUAAAGAAAAUAAAACACAUAAUAAUAAUAAUAAUAAUAUUCAUGAUGGUAAUGGUGAUCAACUUUUAUAUGGGAAGGAUCAUAAGAUAUCUAGAAAAUAUUCUUCUUAUUAUAAUAAUACUAGUGAUGAUUAUCCAACAAAUAAUCAUAAGGACCAUAUUGAUGAGAAAAAAGCUUAUGAUAUAUAUAAUUAUUACUUAAAUAAUGAUUUAAGUAUAUACGAAAUUGAAGAAUUAUUUAAUUUGAAGAAUUACAGAACCCAACAUUUUAUUCUUUUUAUAGGAGCUACUAAUAGAUAUAAACAAUUAGAUUCUGCAUUAAUAAGAGCAAAGAGAUUUGAUAAAGUCAUACAUUUUAAUUUGCCAAACAUUAAUACACGUAUGAAGUUAUUUUCGUUUUAUAUUAAUAAGUAUAUAAAGCGGAAUAUAACCUGUAACCAAAUUAGUAAGAAAAAAAAUGACCUUCCUGUAUCUCCGAACGGUUAUGCUUCUUAUAUGAAUCCUGAUUUUAAUUAUUACGAGAGUCAUCAGGAAAAUGAGUUUACAUAUGUGAAGCAAACAGGCAGCACAAAAAAUGAAAUAAAUAAAUAUGACGAUGAUGAUAAUAAUAAUGAUGAUCACAAUAAUGAUGAUCACAAUAAUGAUGAUCACAAUAAUGAUGAUCACGAUAAGCAUCAUCAACCUUGUGAUGGUAAUAGACUCCAUAACCAUAUAAACAAUCAUAAAAAUAAGAAUAAUAACUUAAAAAAUAAAAAUACUUUAAUGUAUCCAAUACAACCAUAUAACAAAUAUAAUGAACAAUACUAUAAACAUUUUAAUUAUUUUAACUUUAGUUAUGAUUUAAAAUACCGACCAACCCUCAGUCCAUUCAUUAUAAAUAAAAAUAAAAAAGUACAUGAACAAAAUACAAAUAUAUAUAAUUUUAUAGAUAUAUUCACUCUUUCAAUUUUAACAUUUCAUUUUAAUUGUGCCGAUAUUGAUCAAUUAACAUAUUCUGUUAAAUCAAAUUUAAUGACAAAAAAUAUUAUUAAUAAAAAAGAAUUCAAUGUAAAUAAUUUAUUAAUGAUUAAUUUAGAUGAUAUGCUACAUAAAAAAUUUACAUAUGAUAGUCAUUUAGAUAAAAUAGUAUCACAAAAAAAUUCAGAUGAACAGGAACAUUUUUCAUCAUCCCUUAACAACAGAAUAUUGAAUGCAUGCAAUGUAGAUGCGGAAGAAUAUUUUCAUAAGUUUCUUACAUAUUGUAAUAAUAUUUUCUUGGAUAAAAUCAAGCACAUACGAAAAAAACAAAUGAAUCGAAAUAAAAAGGAUGAAACGGUAGGUGAUAAAAAUAUAAAGAAGUGUACAAAAAAUGAAGAUAAUAAUAAUAAUAAUAAUAAUAAUGAUGAUAAUAAUAAUGAUGAUGAUAAUAAUAAUGAUGAUAAUAUAUAUAAUAAUGAUGAUGAUAAUUACCAUGAUAAUUUUCAUGAUGAUAAUUAUUAUGAUGAUAAUUAUUAUGAUGAUAAUUACCAUGAUGAUAAUUUUCAUGAUGAUAAUUAUUAUGAUGAUGAUUACCAUGAUGAUACGGAUGAACAAAAUAAUAAUGAAUAUUAUAAUAAAGAUGAUACAAAAAAAAAUAUAAACGAUUUACAUUUUACCAAUGAUAAAUAUAUGCAUUAUAAUUACAAUAAUUACAAUAAUAAUAAAAUAAAUAUGGAUUGUUAUUUAUCCUAUGAUGAUUUAUUACUUUUAUAUGAAUCCAAAAAAAUUAAGUUACAUGUGUGGGAUGACAAUCUAAACGAUGUACAUAAUAAUAAUUUAAACAUUCAUAAUAAUAACUCCUUUUUUAAUGAACAUAUACAAUAUUGUAUCUUAUGGAAAUCUAUACAAACGUAUUUUAAUACCUUACAUAUAAAUUAUAAGAAUAUUACUUUUUAA